CCUGCGGGCAUUGCGAAUGUCAUUUACGCCGUGUGUUUCCUCCGUUGCUUGUUAGAUGUGGAUCCUUUGGGCAACGGUGGGGAGUACAUCGCAUUGAUUCCACUCACCGACAAUCGCCUACGGCCUCAACGCAUCGCCGUGAAGAUCUGCAUCACGGUUCUCUUCUGUCUAGCCAUCUCAGGUCUCCUUCUUUUCUUCCUUCUGCUGCGUUCAGUGGAACUGCAAUCGAACCGCCCAAUUCUGAUGCCAACUCGCUCGGAAAUACACGACGGUGUGGUUUUCCUAGACUUGUCGUAUCCCUUCAACUUCACGAAUCGGAACUACUUUCCAGUCCACGUGGAGCACGUCAGUCUGCUGUCUCUGUACCACUCGACAGUCAUAAAUGAGACACAAGAGGACAUGGACUUGUGGAUUCCGUACCGCGGCACGCAGGAACUCCACUUUAACCAAAGCCUUGCCUUUGAUGAACCGAUCUUCUCCAAUUAUCUCCCAAGGCUUUGCCUCAGCAACAACACUCAAUUCAAUCAAAUCUACAUUUCCUUCGGACUAAAUGUCAAAGCCCGCGCACUCGGCCAACGCAUCGACUCUGUCCUGGACACAUUUCAACUGAUCCUCCAGAAUCUGAUCAAAGAUUUCUUGCUGUUGCUUCUCACUCAGUUCAGCGAAUUUGACGGUGCCUUGCCGUGCUCUCUCCCCUCUCUUUCGCCUCUAACCACCUACCUCCUGCCACAAGGCCCGUCUGGCUGUCUCCUUCACCUUGCCCAACUCCCCACUCAACAUCUGGUCCAGAGUCUCGAGAUACCGUUCAAGGAAAUCCCGAAAUUGUGUUACUGA